UUUUAAUUAUUUGAUGCUCAAAUGCCUUUGUAUUCUCAAUUCGUUAUUGGUCCUCCUGGUUCCGGUAAAAGCACUUAUUGCGCCGCUGUACGUGAAUUGUUGGAGAGCAACUGUAGACCGGUGACUCUUGCGAACUUUGAUCCCGCUGCAGAAUUUCUACCCUACUCCCCAGAUAUCGACAUAAGAGACCUUGUGAAUUUCAAGCAACUUUGUUCCUCUGAUUCUUGUGGACCAAAUGGAGGACUGCUGCGUUGUUUUGCUGUUUUGGAAGACAAUUUUUCUUGGUUAAUUGAAAGUUUGUCGAAAACUUCAAACCUUUAUCUAAUUAUUGAUUUUCCGGGGCAAAUUGAGCUUUACUUAAGUUGCGAGAGUAUUGCCAAGUUAAUUCAUCGUUUGCAGGAAACUUUUGAUUUGCGAGCCGUCGUACUCAAUCUGAUAGACAGCAAUCGUUGUUUGGAAUCCUCUUCGUUCCUUUCGUCAUGUUUGACUUCUCUAAGUUUGCUCAUAAAUCUGUCACUACCGUUUUUGAGUGUUCUUACUAAAAUCGACAUAUUUCGUGAUGCUCAAGAUUGCGAAAUUGACUUCGAAGAUAUAUGUAAAUGUGAAAACCUGGCAACGCAUAUGACCGUAUUAACGGGAACGUCAACAUUUGUAGCAUUACAUAGUGCCAUUUGUAGUUUGCUUGAAGAUUUCAAUCUUGUACAGUUUGAAAUGCUUAGCGUCAAGGAUCCACAACUUUUAGCAAAAGUUGUGAAGGAAGCAGAUCAUGCAUGCGGUUAUAUGCUGCGAUAACUGUAUUGCCGCAUAUGCUGAACUAUCA